UGCUCAGAGUUCUAAAAAGUACAUGUGCGUGAUUGCCGCCAUUGUGGACGAGGAUAAUCGCAACGUAUUUAGGCAAAAACGCUAAAGUUAGCGUUGAGAAAUUCUAAAACAACGGCGUCCUUGAUCCUAAUGUCGUAAACAUGCCGACUUACUUUCAAAGGCCAGAAAAUGCCCUUAAACGGGCUAAUGAGUUCAUUGAUGUGGGCAAGAAGCAGAGGGCAUUGGAUGCUCUGUACGAUGUCAUCAAGAGCAAGAAACAUCGGACAUGGCAGAAGAUCCAUGAGCCCAUCAUGGAGAAGUAUCUGGAGCUGUGCGUGGAGCUCCGGAAGAGCCAUGUGGCCAAGGAAGGCUUGUACCAGUACAAGAACAUCUGCCAACAGGUGAACAUCCAGUCUCUUGUUGAUGUGGUGAGGAAGUAUAUAUCCCUGGCAGAGGAACAGACGGAGUUGGCUCGCAAGGAGUCCCACCAGACUGUACUUGACAUUGACGACCUUGACCUCCCAGACUCCCCAGAAAGCUUGCUGUUGAAAGCAGUCAGUGGGGAAGAUACACAGGACCGAACCGACCGUGCCAUACUGACACCAUGGGUGAAGUUUCUAUGGGAGUCCUACAGACAAUGCCUGGACCUGCUCAGGAACAACUGUCGAGUAGAGCGACUGUACCAGGACAUUGCACAGCAGGCUUUCAAGUUCUGUUUGAAGUAUGCCCGGAAGACCGAGUUCAGAAAACUAUGUGACAAUCUGCGUACCCAUCUCGGCCACAUCCACAAGCACCAGCACCAGCAGACGGCAAUCAACCUCAACAACCCUGACUCCCAGGCCAUGCACCUGGAAACCAGGCUGGAACAGCUCAACAGUGCCAUCAACAUGGAGCUGUGGCAGGAAGCGUUCAAGGCUGUGGAGGACAUCCAUGGACUCAUCAUUCUGUCCAAGAAGUCACCCAAACCUUCCCUGAUGGCAAAUUACCUGCAGAAGUUUGGCCUGGUGUUCUGGAAGUCUGGCAAUCACCUGUUCCACGCCUGCACCCUGCACCGCAUCUUCCACCUGUCUCGGGAGCAGAGGAAGAACCUCACCACAGAAGAGCUACAGAAAAUGGCUUCUCGUGUUGUGUGUGCAACAUUGGCAAUCCCUAUCGCUACGUCACGCAACACCAUGGGACAACUGCUUGAGAUGGAUGAUUCUGUGAUGGAGAAACAGCGACGACUUGCAACACUGCUCAUGUUGCCUGCCCCGCCCACCCGUCAGGCCCUCAUCAAGGAUCUGCUGAAGUACAAUGUGACACAGUAUGUGCACCCCGAGCUCCAGAACCUGUACCGCCACCUGGAGAUAGACUUCCAUCCACUGAGCCUGGUGCAGAGGGUCACACCAAGCCUGGAGUUCAUCGGGAAAACAGAGGAGCUGAGCUGUUAUAACCCAGCCCUUGAAGACAUCGUCAUCACUCGAGUACUCAAACAGGUGUCACAAGUGUACCAAACAGUCGAAUUUUCUCGAUUUGCUUCACUGGUCCCGUUCGCUACCAAGUUCCGUUUGGAGAGAAUAAUUGUGAAUGCUGCCAAGAACCUAGAACUGCAGGUGCGGAUUUGUCACAGCACCCGAUCGCUGAGUUUUGGAACCAACCUUGGUGUGUCACAGAAGGAAGAUGUGCCUGAAGGUCCAUUCAUACAGAGCAUGCCCAGUGAAAACAUCCGCAACCAGCUGACAUCACUGGCCGCUGCCCUGCAGAAAGCUAUGAACAAGAUCAAACCCGAGAAUAUUGAUGAGACAAAUGAGCUGCGGGCCCAGAUAAUCAACAACUACCGGAUGACAGGACGCAAGGAGCACAUGCGACUGCUGCAGCGACGCCAGAUCAUUGAGGACAGGAAGGAACAGCUGGAACACAUGAAUGAUCAGAGGGAGAAGGAGGAGAUGGAGCAGGUGGAGUCCCAGCGCCGCAAGGCAUAUGAGGCGGAGAUGGCUCGUCUGGAGCGUGAAGCAGAGGAGAGGAAGAAGCAGCGACAGCUGAUGGAGCACCAGGAGAUCAAACGUAAACACGUCAAGGAGAGGAUUGAACAGCUGAGAAAGACGGAUCUUGGGGCCAGGAUCUUCAAGGAUAUAGACGAGGAGGAGUUUGCAGAGCUGGAUGUGGACGAGAUCAUGGCCAAGCAGGUGGAGCAGCUGGAGAAGGAGAAGAAAGAGCUGCAGGAGCGCCUCAAGACUCAGGAGAAGAAGGUCGACUUCCACCAGAGGGCCAUGCGUCUGAUUGAAAUCCCACUCCUGCAGCAGCAGUACAACAAUGAAAGCAUCCAGGCCAAGGAGUUCUGGGAGAACCAGGAGCUGGAGCGGAUUGAAGCUUUGAAGAAUGAAAGACAACAUGCCCUGGAGACGCAGAAGAGACUGAGCCGGGUUAUUGAAGACAAGAAUGAAUUCAUAGGACGUCUGCGGGAGGCCAGGAGAUCCGACUAUGAGGCAAACUUGAAGGAAUUUGAGCAGAAAUUGGGAGAGGAACGAAAGCGGCGACUGAUAGAACGCAAAGAACGCCGCAAGGAAGAGAAAAGGCGGAAGUGGAUUGAAGAGAAAGAAGAGGCAACACAGCGGGCCAAAGAUGAAGCCCUUAAGAGAGAACGUGAGGAGAAGGAGAACGUGGAGAGGAUGAAGCGGGAGGAGGAGGAGCGGGAAUAUAACGAAAAGCUGGCGAAGCUGGAAGAGCAAGCAGAGAAACAGAGACAGCGCGAGAGGGAAAUAGAGGAGAGGGAGGCCAAGCGGCGCCAGGAAGAGAGCGGCAAGGGCAUCAGUGAAAGGGAGCCAAGUGGACCAUCGGAAUGGAGGAGGGGAGGAGAACCUGAGGAGGAGAGGAAGGCGUGGCGCCCCAACCCAAGCAAAGUUGGAUGGAGAGAACGGGAGAAGGAGCGGGAGCAGAGCUGGAACAGCCCAGGCAUGGAGGACCGUCGAGACGAAGGGCCAUCAUGGCGUGAACGAGGAGCAGCACCGAGGGAAGACUUCCGUGACUCUAGAGGACCACAGGCCGAAGAUAGAGACUUUGGUGAUCGAGGACCACCUCGAGAUGAAAGAAAUUUCCGUGACCGAGGGCCACCUCGAGAUGAUAAGGACUUUGGUGAUAGAGGAGCACCGAGAGACAGGUUCAGUGACAGAGGUCCCCCGAGAGAUGACCGAUUUGGGGACCGCGAUGGACCUAGAGAAGAGAGAAGUUGGCGAAGCAGUAGAGACACUCGAGACGACAGAGGUGGUUGGGGUCGCGAUGGUGGCCAAAGUGAUAGAGGUCCAGUGCGAGAUGGCUGGAGGGAUCGAGGAGGUAAUGAAGGGGGGAUGAGAGAACGACCAAGGGAAGACACUUGGAGCAGAGGAGGGGCUCGAGACGAGCCUGGCUCAGACCGAGGUGGGGACAGAGGGGGCUGGGGCAGAGAUCGCGAGGACAGUUGGCGAUCCAAAGCUCCAUCUAGAGAUGAAGGGAGAGGACCGAGUGAUGGCGGAGGGGCAUGGAGAAGGGAAGAUCGAGGUGGAGACUUCCGUCGUGGCGGGGACGAUCGUGACUUCCGUCGUGGCGGGGACGAUCGUGACUUCCGUCGUGGCGGGGACGAUCGUGACUUCCGACGUGGUGGGGAUGAUCGUGACUUCCGACGUGGUGGGGAGGAUCGUGACUUCCGACGUGGGGGAGAAGAGCGUGACUUCCGACGUGGGGGAGAAGAUCGUGGCUUCGGUCGAGGGGGCGACGAUCAUGACUUCCGUCGUAGGGGAGAUGAUAGAGACGUGGAAAGAACCCAACGUCGUGAUGAUCAACCACCUGCAGAUAGAGAGGAAACAUGGAAGAGAGGAGGUGAGCCGCGUCCGCCGCCAGCCAAGGAGAGUGGAGGUGGCCAGAAGGAGCCCGAGGAUGAUGGCUGGACCACAGUCCGUUACUGAAGAAGCGGAGACAAAUGGCAUCCUUUGGAAUGUGAACAGAGGACUGCAAAUCCUUGUAGAAAUGUGUUAAUCACUGAUGCAAUUGGAUGUUUUCCUUAACAUUGUGUGGAGGAAUUGGCUUUCUAUUGUGGUGGUGUUUAUAUGACAGUCAAACAAAUUCUUUCACAAUUGACAAAAUAUUUAACUCUGCAUCUCAAAUGUUUCUGAUUGUAUAAAUGACCAGUCAAGUAACUUUACCUUCAUCAAAAUGUAUCCUUGCAUAAAUAUACGAUGUAUUGUAUUCAGUGCUAAGUUCUAUUGCUGAGUUUCUCCUCUGUACUGAUUCUGACUUUAUGAAUUAGGAUUGUAUGUUGUCCAUACUGGAUUUAAAAACAAGUCAUGAGCAGUUAUAUAAAAAUUGGAAAGUAUGAAUAAAACUAAAUAGUUGAA